GUCUACACUCUACAGUCGACACCCACAAGCGACUUGGUACACAGUCGACCGCGGUUGCUCCACGACACACUCUGAAUAAUUUGUUUUGUGAAAACAUUGUGUAAGUGAGUUAAUUGUGUUGUGUUUACAGUAUAAGAUUUUAUCUUCAGUUUAAAUAAUUACUUAAAAAUGAGGAGACAGCCGCUAAGUUUCAGAUCAAGAUUGAGAGAGGAAUUCUAUACAUAUUGUGCUUUCUGUAUUGCCGUGUCUGCUCUGCCUGCACUCGCACUAUCGUAUGUUGUUGUUAGAAUAAGCAAGCACUUAUGGAUAAAGUUACUUGCCAGCAAAUAUCCCAGUUUGGAAUUUAUAAGGACAGACACAGUCCGCUCCUUACUGGACACUCACAGGAACCAGGGAAUUAUCAAUGUUCUGUUAUGCGUUAAAGGUACUCCCAAUAUAGAUGAUAUUAAACUCCAAUUAUAUCAACACGUCAUUGAUAGAAGGAAUCAAAAUGGUGAUCUCAUGUUCCCUCGACUGCGGCAACUCCUAGUGUCUUGUUGGGGCAACUAUGCCUGGGACAAACACGUGCCUUUUAGACCUGAUAAUCAUGUACUAGUAGCCAAUGCAAUUUAUAGAGGGAGACCUGUUACAGAUACUAAUAUACAGGAUUAUAUCAGCGAUAUAAUAUCAAAAUAUUUUCCUAGUGAUCAUCCUCCUUGGCAGUAUAUAAUAAUUUCCUGUGUAUCAACAGAGCCAAAGUAUUACAUACUCAUUCGAGCCCAUCAUUUACUGCUCACUGGGAAAAACUCGCUUAACAUUGGAGAUUUUCUCCUUAUGGAACAACUGCCAAAUCGAUCACUAGACCGUGAUAUCCGACACUUGAGCCCGCUAGCACAACUAUUUCCAACACCGUCCGCUAUUCCAGAAUUAUGGUCAAAGUUAAAUGAGAGCCUAUCAAAUAUAUGGAAUGAGUUCAUUUGUGAAUAUGAUCCGGUAGAAAGCCCUCGGGCCUUGAAAUCAUUACCUGGAGCAUUCCAUGUUGCUGGAUUAGUCUCCAUAUCAGUAGCUAGCGCGUUAAGAGAAAUUUCCAAAAAGAGAUUUCAAGAAAGAAACGGCCCAGCCGAGUUGUCGGCAGCUAAAUUCGUUCUAACCGUGCAAAAAGAAUGCAAACGAAGGAACUUAACUUUUCCAAAGAUAAUUAUUUCACCUCUUGUAACAGUGGACCCUCGGAAGUGGCCAAGAAGAAUGAUAGAUGCAGCAUUGACAACUACGAAAAUUUUUGUAACGCUACCCUUUAGAAUGCGGGAUGAAAUCCUGGCUCUCAAUGAGUUAAAAAAUACAGGACAAGUUCGUCAAACCCAUACGUUGACUUGGAAGUAUGGAGAUUUGAUUCAAUUGUUUGUCAAAGCUGUGGGUGAAACAAUCAGGGGCACGGUAGAAGCGUACAGGGCUCCUCGAAAGUUAUGGACCGAUACCAUUGGAGCUGACGAUGGAAAGCGGCAUUUGUUGCAAACUAUAUCGUUGUGUGGAAGGAAGGUAACCUCAUGGUCCAGACCAGUCCCUCGAGCGAACAUAGACAGAGCGGCCCGAGCUCUCGGAGUAUCAUCUACUGAUAUAGCAUUAUUCGCAGCCACCGAGGCUCUGCGGGCAUUCUUCGAACAGUCCCAAUGUGGUACACCUGAUUCUGUUCUAGUCACUGCAAGAGCCGCUUCAGAAGAUUUUCUAUUUACUUUUGCUGAAGGCAAUGGGAAGAACUAUAAGAAAUCUAAAACUGGAGGAAUGGUCUGUCUAUCUCUACCCGUUGGUGCUACACCACGCCGAAUAGCAUCCGUUGUAGAAGAAGCAUGUAACAGGCAAGUUGCCUUAGCCGGUGCAUGGGCUGCCCAGGCCCGCUGCGGAGCCCUAACACGCUCCGUGCCUUCGCCCUUCGCUAGACUGACUCUUAAUGCACUAUCCAGGAGAUAUGCGGUGUCGUACGCCGAAAUAAAUGCCCCGUUGGACUCGAGGCAACGGAAAACGUUGUGGGGACAAGAAGUGGAUGCUGUUUUGUAUUGGAGACCGCCUCAAGCUAAUAUAAGUAUGUCGCUAACAGUAAUUCAAUACGCCGACACGGUUUGCUUAACCGUAAUGGCCGACGCUCGUCUCACACCUUCACACACGAUACCCACAUCAAGAUGGCCGACAGCAAUCGAACAACUAGUCAACAAAAUCGAUCAACAAAUCGCUCGAAUUGCCGCGCAAGCUCAAGUCACAAUACCACAGACUAUACAACAGAUAGAACCGAGCACUAGUCAAGUACCAGAGAUAAGAGAAUUCAUACCAGAGACUGUUCGUAUACCAGAGAUUAUAGAACCAGAACCAGAAAUAGAAAACGGCAUAGACGAAUCACAGGAAGUCGAAACUAGUCAAGGAACUUUGAUGCCGCCUACAACUUUAGCAGAUAGUCCACCGCCAAUAAGAAGGCAUAGUUUUACGAAUGAAUAAAUUUAAUUUUAAUUAGGAUUGUACCAUUGUGACUUUGGUUUAGACUGUUAUUUAAGUUUGUAUCUAUGUUGUUAUAUUGUAUUUUCAAUGAAAAAUAAAAGUUUUAUUAUAAA